AGCUCAAAGGCCACACACCACUGAGAGAGAGAGAGAGAGAGAGAGAGAGAGAGAGAGAGAGAGAGAUUAAACAACAUGAGUUUCCUGCUGCAAAUUCUUCUGGCUUUGAUUAUCUCUCUGCUUGGGGGACUUUACCUUCUCGGAGCUUUCCGGCGCCGAAGACCUGGAGAACCUCCUCUGGAUAAAGGUCCUCUGCCAUGGCUGGGACACAUCCUGGAGUUCCGGAGAGACACUGCAAAGUUUCUGGAGAGGAUGAGAAAGAAGCAUGGAGAUAUUUUCACUGUCCAGCUGGGAGGGUUUUACUUCACUUUUCUCACGGACCCUCUGUCCUUCGGCUCGGUGGUCAAAGAAGCCCGAGCCAAACUGGACUUUAACGAGUUCGCUAGGCACCUGGUGCAGCGUGUCUUUGGCUACCAUCCCAUAAAAGAUGACCACAAGCUUAUUCAGGCAUCCAGCAACAAGCAUCUGAUGGGUGAAGGCCUGGUGGAGUUAACCCAAGCCAUGAUGAACAACCUGCAGAACCUCAUGCUGCACAGAAUCAGGUCUGAAAGUACUGACAGCAGGUCGUGGCAGGAGGACGGGCUCUUCGCUUUCUGCUAUAAUAUCGUGUUCCGCGCCGGGUAUCUGGCACUUUUUGGAAAUGAGGCAGCCAAGUCUUCAGGAAGCCCGGACAAAGCAAAGGAGGUCGACCGAAAGGAGUCAGAAGAGCUCUUUCACGAGUUCCGUAAAUAUGAUCAACUUUUCCCCAAGCUGGCCUAUGGAGUUCUGGGACCUUCUGAAAAAAUGGAAGCAGAGAGGCUGAAAAGGCAUUUUUGGAACACCCUUGCUGUGGAGAAGAUGAAGAGCAGGGAGAACAUUAGUGGCUGGGUGUCUGAAUCGCAGCAGAUGCGUGAAGAGCAUGGAGUGCUCAAGUCCAUGCAGGACAGACACAUGUUCCUGCUUCUGUGGGCGUCUCAAGGCAACACAGGUCCUGCAUCCUUCUGGCUUCUCCUAUUCCUCAUGAUGCACCCAGACGCCAUGGCGGCCGUGAAGAGUGAGGUCGAUGAGGUUCUGCAUGAAACCGGACAGGAGGUGAAGCGUGGAGGUCCGCUGAUUAACCUGACUCGAGACAUGCUGCUGAAAACCCCGGUUCUGGACAGUGCCGUGGACGAGAGCCUGCGCUUGACGGCCGCCCCGGUGCUCACACGAGCUGUCCUGCAGGACAUGAGCCUGAAAAUGAACAAUGGGUGUGAAUACAAGAUCCGCAAAGGAGACCGCGUGUCCCUCUUCCCCUACACCGCUGUCCAGAUGGACCCCGAGGUGCACCCCGACCCACACACAUUUAAAUAUGACCGCUUCCUCACACCCGAGGGCGGGAAAAAGACCGAAUUCUACAAAGGAGGAAAGAAAGUCAAGUACUUCAACAUGCCGUGGGGUGCCGGGGUCAGUAUGUGUCCCGGGAGGUUUUUCGCCGUCAACGAGCUCAAGCAGUUCGUCUUCCUCAUGCUGACAUACUUUGACUUUGAGCUGAAGAACCCAAAUGAAGUGAUCCCAGACAUUGAUGUGAGGCGGUGGGGAUUUGGGACCAUGCAGCCAACGCGGGACAUCCCCUUCAGAUACAGGCUCAGGUUUUAGACACUGCAAAUCUUCAUGUCAUUGCUUUGCCUGUAUUCUAGGUCUAUGUUCAUUACUGUUUUUUUUUUUAUUUUUAUUAAUACUAAUAGCUUUGCUAAUCAUUUGUGGAUUAUUAUUAUUAUUAUUAUUAAAAUCUAACCUGUUUUUAAAGAAAUCCUUCACAGUCAUCAGUGCUCAGGAAUCAUAAUGACCCUGUGUUAGACACGCUCCUGCUUCAGUCUGUACAUUAAUGCUGCAACAUAUAAGAUUUAUUCUGAUCUGAUGAAUAAAGACAAUAUUAUUAUUAUUA